AUCUCGUGGGAGGUUCUUCAGGCCUGUGAGGCUGUUGGCGUCCGUUGACCAGAGUUUGCAAGUCGUGGUGCAGUGGGUAGGGGGUUACAGUCGUUCUUGAGAGGAACAUCUCUGUCCGAAGAGAAAAUGAGUUUAGCUCUGAGAAAUGAGCUUGUAGUAGACAAAACAAAGAGGAAGAAAAGAAGAGAACUCUCUGAGGAGCAGAAGCAAGAAAUUAAAGAUGCUUUUGAACUAUUUGAUACAGACAAAGAUGAAGCAAUAGAUUAUCAUGAAUUAAAGGUGGCAAUGAGAGCCUUGGGAUUUGAUGUAAAAAAAGCUGAUGUACUGAAGAUUCUUAAAGACUAUGACAGAGAAGCCACAGGGAAAAUCACCUUUGAAGAUUUUAAUGAAGUUGUGACUGACUGGAUAUUGGAAAGAGAUCCACAUGAAGAAAUAUUGAAGGCAUUUAAGCUAUUUGAUGAUGAUGAUUCAGGUAAAAUAAGCUUGAGAAAUUUGCGACGUGUUGCCCGCGAACUGGGUGAAAACAUGAGUGAUGAAGAACUUCGGGCUAUGAUAGAAGAAUUUGAUAAAGAUGGUGAUGGAGAAAUAAAUCAAGAGGAGUUUAUUGCUAUUAUGACCGGUGACAUUUAAAGAAUUAUAAGAAUAAUCACUGAGAAUGUUGCAGUUAUCAUCUUAUAAUCUAUUUUUAUGCCUGGAGCCACGUAAAAAAAGAAAUCACCUUAGUUUUUUUUUCCCCAGGGGGACCAAAAUAAGCGUCUUAAGUAUUUGUAUUUUACUACUGUUAGGUUUCUUGGUAUAAACUGUGUUUUUAGUACUUAAAUAGUUCAGUUUUGUAUUAUAAUGUAGCUUUUAUAUAAAGUUUAAUCAAUUAAAUCAUGUGAUACUGAUUCUUCUUUGAAGGUUUUUAACUUAACAUUAGUAGUCACUUCUGGUGUAUGAGUUUUUCACACUUUCAUUAAUUAAAAUGUUUAUUAGUAUUUUAAAAUUUU